AUGGAGAAUGAAAUGCCGCGUCUGCCGGUGUGGUUUGGUGGGGCUGCACUUCUCGGCGGCGGGUAUUACGCCUUUUACUACCAUUUCUACACCCCUCGCCACACAACACGGUCUGAAAUUGAGACGGCGAUUGAGGCGGAGAAGUUGAAAUGGCAGUCCGUUAUGCAACGCUACGCCAUACUGCAUCAUAUGGUACAAAAACUGCGUGACGGCGGCACAGACGCCACUAACCGUGAGCGUCUUUAUAUUUACUGUGAACUCCAAAAGCUGAGGGAGGCGUUUUAUAAUCUAUCCAUACGUGCUCAAUCAGCAUCGGAGAAGCAGACGGUACUGCGGGAUCUUGAUGAGGUGGAGACGGCAAAUUGCACUGUAUUGAACUUUAGAGAAGAGGCUUUAACAGUGGGGCAAAUAAUUACCUGCCAGCUUUGCUUCAGUCUCUAUGUGCUCUGCUUCUGUCUGAUUGAUCCCGUCUUGAGGCGAGUACAUUGUGAGGCCGUGGAGCGGGUUCGAAGACGUGGGCUUCAUAUCGUCUCAUGGUGGAUGAUGCGCCUUCUUCGUAUUCCUGUCACCAUGACGUUGGAAAACACAUUGCCUCCUCCUGAUGGUGAUGUUAAUGAGGUGACGAGGGAAGACGAGGAAUACAUCGUGUUCAGUCCACAGCAUUGGAUUGAGGUGGUGGGCUUCUGGGCGUGUCCGACAAACCCGCUUCUGACAAACAUACGCGUGCGAUGGCUAUUACCAUGUGAUGCCGUGCCUUUUGAAAUUCACUGGCGCGGACGCUGGCAACAAAUGCAGCAGGAGCUACGUGACCCGAUUUUGGUGGUAAAAAAAGAAGAGGAGAAUAGAAGGCCGGUUGUGCAAUCAUCCUUUGGUUACCCGCUUGCAUCGCGUCUGACCUGUGGAGGUGGAAUGCAAGACGAUAGUAAUAGUGACCAUGUGUUGGCUACCACAGAUGUUUAUACUCCGCGAUUUUUUCCGGUUGUUUCUACCGGUAUGCCGCGCGUGCUUUUUGUGAGUGAUGCGGUGGCACGGAGGGAUGUUAGAACGAGGCGCACGUUGCAUGAGGUGUAUACAAAUGUAAAACACCGACAAUUUCCUGUUACGCACAACGUUGUUAAAAAUAACAAGGCGGAUGAUUGCGUCAAAGGUUAUGACGUGACGUAUGAGCAACUGCAUGCCUGGAGGAAACACGGCGGUGUGCCUGUGUGGCAUCGAGUGGAGUGGGGCUCUGUCUACGGUGAUGUGGGGAGUGGGGGGAACCGGAAUCGGCGUGAGUUGACAUUUCGCAUGGGUCGCCCUUGCUCCGCAAAUGAGUUGAUGGUGAGGCAGUUGGAAUUGCUGCAGAAUUUGUUGCUGCAGACGGAGAGUAACGGGGAAGAGGUGAGCCUCCUGUGA